GAAACUUACAUCAGAAACCAUCCCGACGACGUUCAUUCAACCAAAACAUGGCCUCCGCCGCCGCCGCCGCUUACGACCGACUUGCGGAGCUGAAGGCGUUCGACGAAACGAAAGCCGGAGUGAAAGGCCUGGUGGACGCCGGAGUCGCUGAGCUGCCGCGUAUCUUCCACGCGCCGCCCCAUAUCCUCGACGCCUACCCGACAGCAGCAGCUGAGGAUCCAAACUACGUCUUCCCAAUCAUCGACCUGGGAGGCGCGUGGGAAGAUCCCGAGAAGAGGAAGAAGGUCGUCGCCGAGAUCAGGGACGCGUCGGCGAGUUGGGGGUUCUUCCAGGUUGUGAACCACGGCGUCCCGGCGAGCGUGGUGGAGGAGAUGAAAGCCGGAGCUCACAGAUUCUUCAACCUGGAUGUGGAGGAAAAGAAGCAAUACUACGGCCGCGACAUGAGGAAAAAGGUCGUCUACCACAGCAACUUGGACUUAUACACUUCCUCAUCCGCCAACUGGAGGGACGCCGUCAUGUUCCAAAUGGCACCAAACCCGCCGGCGCCGGAGGAGCUGCCGACUUCCUGCAGGGACGUCGUAACAGAGUACUAGUCGGAGAUGCUGAAAAUCGGAGACUCGCUCUUCGAGUUGCUGUCGGAGGCUCUAGGUCUGAAGUCGAAUUACUUGAAAGAAAUGGGUUGUGCGGAAGGAGUGAACGUAGUGUACAAUUACUACCCAGCUUGCCCUCAACCUGAGCUUACUUUGGGAACUACUCAACAUGCCGACAUCGGAUUCAUCUCUGUUCUUGUACAGGACGAUGUUGGAGGCCUUCAAGUUCUUCACAAGGACCAUUGGGUUGAUGUGCCUCCCAUGGCGGAUGGGUUGGUGAUCAACAUCGCGAAUCUGCUUCAGGUGAUGUCCAACGAUAACUUUACGAGCGUGAAGCACAGGGUGCUGGUGAAAAAUGCUGGGCCGAGGGUUUCCAUUAUCGCGUUUUUCGGUGUUGGAUUCACGCUGGGUUCGAGAAUCUAUGGACCGAUUGAAGAGUUGUUGUCGGAAGAGAAUCCUCCCAGAUACAAGAAGACUACGAUUCAAGAUUUCGUUGCCCAGUCUUACAGGCAGGGACUGAAUGGGAUUUCUUUUCUGGAUAUGCUUAAGCUCACGAAAGAUUAGAGUACUCUUGAUCGAGUGUCCUGCCUUUACCAACUCCCUUCGAGGGAGUAUAAUUUAUUUUGAAUUCCGUUGAUAAAAGGAAAAUUUAUGAAUAAGGAUGCUUGAAAAUUAUAAUAAUGUUAUUUGCG